AUGUCAGGAUUUUCUUCUAAUACAGCUUAUCAACUACAACUUAAUAGAUUUCUUAAUUCUCCUUCGCAUAAUAAUCAAUGUUCCGAUUGUAAAAACUCUAAUCCAACUUGGUGUUCCACAACUUUCAAUGUAUUUUUAUGUUCAAGAUGUGCAUCCAUUCAUAAGCAAAUACUGAAUAAAGAGCCAUAUUACUCUAAUAUAAAAUCUAUAAGACUGGAUAAUUGGUCAGACGAUGAACUAUUUAACUUCAUUCAUAAAUCGAAUACUAUCAUCAAUAGGAAUAUUUACACAACCUCAGAUAACGCUUAUGAUAUAGAACAAAUAAUAAAAAGAAAAUACAUGGAUCCGCUGCUAGAAUCAGGACUUGCCAAAAGAAGAGCUAACAGAAAAUAUCCUUUACUGACUAAUAGAAGAGCCAGAGACUACGAAUUAAGUAAAUACUCAAGACAUAUUAGAGAAAUAGAAUCAUACGAUAGAAGAUUUAAUAAUGAGGAUAAUAUUAUAGAGGCUUUAUCGAUGGCACAUGGUAAUAUUGAAAAUGCUAUUGAAAUAUUAAGAUACAAUGAUGAAGCGGUUAAUUCAAGGUAUUACAACGAUGAUGAUGAUGAUAGAAACCGUAUCAGCAAUGAUUUUUCAAAUUCAGAUAGAUAUGGUAAUUCAAAUUAUGGAGGUAGUCGCACGCCUAGUUUACCAAAAAGACCGAUUAAUAGCGGUCCAAAGGAUGCAGUCUUCGACGGUUCAUUUGGGGGCUCAACUGCUAUCGUUAGAGAACCAAGGGCAGCAGUCUUUGAUGGUUUGACACCAGAUAUUUCAUCUAAUCUUCAAAUGUCUGAAUUCCAAGUACAACAGCAAGAGCAGCAAAAGCAGCAAAUCUUACAACAACAAAUCUUACAACAGCAAAUGUUGCAGCAGCAACAAAUUCCCCAACAACAACAAUUUCAGCAGCCCUUCCAAGAAACAAUGCCAUCAUUAAUGCAACAAACAUUUCAGCAAAAUGUUCCUCAGCAAGUGACCUCUCAACCUAUUUCACAAGCUACGUUUUCUCAACUACCAUUGGACCAACAACGUCUAUUGUUACAGCAGCAGCAGCAGCAGCAACAGCAGCAACAACAAAUGCAAUAUCCUAACCAGAAUAUCCAAAACCACGGUGGAUUCUACCAAUUAUAA